AUAUCAUGUGUAAUACUAACGUGUGUCAUUUCUAUUUAUGUACAUGCAUCAAUGCUGAUAAUAAGGACAGUUUUAUGAGGAACUUUAUCGUGUGUUACAUCAGUUUCCUGAGCAGAGGGAAUAUACGAGUAUCAACGCAAAUGUGGGGACGGAACAUAUUUUAAGACCGAAAAUUGGGAACGAUAGUUUAUACAGAACUGUCGGUCAUGACAAUUGAAUUAAAGAAGUAAACUUUACCACGUGAAAAAUUGUAAUUAAGAGUGUAACGUUCCCACGUCGUACCACUGUUCUCGUUAUAAAAAUUAGUCGAGUUGAUCACCAUUUGAUAGACGGCAGUCUAGUGUGGUUGAUAUCUCAAAUCUUUAGAGGAGUUUAUUGUGAUAAUAAUCGCUGUUUGAUCGUUGGAAAAGUAGGGAAAAACUAUCGCUUUGAGAGAUGGCUUUAGAUCCGAUCUAUCAUAACCAGUCUCAGGUUCAAGCACAAAUGCAAUUGUUAUUGCAACUCCUGACACAAGUACGAGGAUCUGGAAACAAGGGCUGCUUGGAGUUACUGGACGUGUUACAGCAAGAGAGACUAGCUCAUCAUUUGGAACGAUCCCGCUGUGAACAGCUGGAGUUGCAGUUGAAGAAUGCAACAAUAUUAAUAGAAAAUAUGAAAGGAACAAAUGAUGAAAGAAGUAUUAGUUGCAUAUCCGAUGAAGACCUAGAAAAUGAGAAGUUAUCGGGGCUGCAAGUAGAGCUAUAUCACGAGAAGAAUCAAACACUGGAGCUUAAAAGAGCUCUAGACCUGGAAAAGCAACUUGUCUCACGAUUGCAAGAUUUAGUGGAUUUGAAGGAUGAUUUGCUGAACAGUACGAGGGAACACAACCAGAAGCUUCAGCAAGAACUGAAUUCCUCACACGAAGCUGAGAAAAAGCAUGUUGAAAUGGAAGCAGAUGACACUGUCCAGAAAUCACGUCGCUCUCUUCAUAACACAACGACCCAGUUGCUAGAUUUAGGCCUAUGCAACAUGCCACAAAAUCUUAAAAAAGGUGAUUCUGAUGAAGCCAUUAUUGGUAAUGCAUCUCUCCACUCAGCAGCCGGUGAAGGAAAUCUAAUGGCAGUACUCCAUUUGCUUGACAGCGGUUCUGAUAUGAACAGUGUUGAUGAGGGAGGAGAGACAGCUCUUCACAUUGCCACCAGGGCGGGCCACCAGGAUGUGGUUCAGCUGCUGGUAUGCAAAGGAGCCAACGUGAACUCACAGAAUGCAAACAAAUGGACUCCACUGCACAUAGCAGCAGAAAUUGGUCGUCUGGACAUAACAGUUGUUUUGCUUCAAAACGGAGCCACUGUUGAUAUUCAACGCAAUGAUGGCUGCACGCCACUGUAUCAGGCAGCCUAUUUUAACUCUAAUGAAAUAGCAAGUGUAUUGAUUGAUUACAAUGCCACCAUAGACAUGAGAUGUAACUCAGGUUGGGCCCCACUUCAUGAGGCAACAGAAAAGAAUCAUGUUGCAGUUGCAAAAGUGCUUCUCAAAAAGGGGGCGGAUCCUAAUAUUAAGCGAAAAGAUGGUUGUACGCCAUUGUACCAGGCUGCAUGGUUCGACUACAAAGAAAUGGCUGAAUUGUUGUUGGCUCACGGAGCUAGAAACGAUAUUCGCUGUGAUUCGGGCUGGACGCCAUUACAUCAAGCUGCUGAAUCAAACCACUUACAAGUUGCUGAAAUUCUACUUCAGAAGGGAUCAGAUCCUAAUAUUAAGCGAAAAGAUGGUUGUACGCCACUGUACCAGGCUGCAUGGUUCGACAACAAAGAAAUGGCUGAACUGUUGUUGGCUCACGGAGCUAGAAACGAUAUUCGCUGUGAUUCGGGCUGGACGCCAUUACACCAGGCUGCUGAGUCAAACCACUUACAAGUUGCUGAAAUUCUACUUCAGAAGGGAUCAGAUCCUAAUAUUAAGCGAAAAGAUGGUUGUACGCCACUGUACCAGGCUGCAUGGUUCGACUACAAAGAAAUGGCUGAACUGUUGUUGGCUCACGGAGCUAGAAACGAUAUUCGCUGUAAUUCGGGCUGGACGCCAUUACACCAGGCUGCUGAGUCAAACCACUUACAAGUUGCUGAAAUUCUACUUCAGAAGGGAUCAGAUCCUAAUAUUAAGCGAAAAGAUGGUUGUACGCCAUUGUACCAGGCUGCAUGGUUCGACAACAAAGAAAUGGCUGAACUGUUGUUGGCUCACGGAGCUAGAAACGAUAUUCGCUGUGAUUCGGGCUAGACGCCAUUACACUAAGGUGCUGAAUCAAACUACUUACAAGUUGCUGAAAUUCUACUUCAGAAUGGAUCAGAUCCUGACAUUAGGUGCAAUGAUAGCUGGGCACCAUUGUACCAGGUUGCAUGGUUUGGGUAUCAGGAGUUAGCCAAUUUGCUCAUAUGUUGGGGUGCCAAUCCUUAUAUUCCUGAUAAAAAUGGGAAAACUCCAAGAAUUAUUGCAAGCGAAAGGAAUAAUUUAAGUGUUGUUGAGUACCUACAAAGGAUUAAAGACAUUCGAACACGCACUGAA